AUGGGAUUCACCCAGAACCAAUCUAGCGUCGUCGGGGGAAGCAACAGCAGCGGGGGCGGUGCGGGAGGUGGUGGGGAUGGUGUCGCACAUUCGCAGUGCAUCAACAGUCCGAGGUACUCCGGCACCAUGACCAGGCGGGCGCAGUCUUUCAAGCGGGGGCACAGUGGCGGGGGCGGCAGCGGCGGGGUGCCUGAGAUUGAGCUCCAGAUCAAUUCCCCGCGGUCCUCGUGCGAGAGUCCGAGCAGCCCCCUCGGUGAUGGUGCCGGGGACUUGGAGAGGAGGCAGGCUGCCCACCUCCAAGGUCACCAGGGCGUCCUGAGGUCCCGGCUGCCGGUGCCGCAGCUCGUGGGGAAGGGGCUGCUCAAGAAGUCAGGACUGGCGGUUGGAGCAGAGUUCGUCCCGCGUGAGAGAAGAAAACUACGAAACCUCAUGUUCUUCUGCUUCUGCGGGGUGUGCUUGCUGUUGGGACUCGCUAAGAUCUGCGCCACAAGAUGGGUCGGGUUCACUGCGAGUGAUCAGGUUGGCCUCUCUCUCUCUCUCUUCUAAUCUUCCCGCCGCAGGUAUUCUUUUACUUUUGUUUAUGAAAUUCAAGAAGAUGUUACAUUCAUUUUUGUUAAAAUUAUCUUCGUAUUUAGGACAAAUAUUUUUUUCUUGAUGCGAAAUAUAAAUGGUUUCCGUUCAAAAAGUACGGUCAUAGUUUUCAGUACGCCGAAGAUUCUAUCCAUUCCGUUCUUUAGUGAGGUGGACCCGGCGCCCGACAUCCACAGUAAUCAUUAAAGGAGACUUACAUCUGAUUAUUCAUAAGCAUCCGACAAUGUUCCGAGGAUAUUAUCCCCGUUGGCUUAUGAAUCAUCAAUCUCUUAAAAAGACAUUGAAAAGUAAAUAAAACCUUGAUCUUGAUUGAUCUCGUGCUCCUGAUUAUAUAAGGUCGAUUGGGUGAAUUACUGGCAGGGAUGAUCCUCCUGCUCUUGUCAUGUUAUGGUGACUAAAGCUUGUGCCGAGCAUUUACUUGAGGCGAAAACAAGAUUUUAUUCCUCGCAGUCUUGCAACUUGUAUAAAAUAAUUGAAACAACUAUUUCAGGAUGUUCGUGUACCUAAUCCUUUUCUUGUUCUGGCUUUUAGGAUAUUUCAGAUAACUAUGUUAGUGUUGAGAACGUUCAGUUGCUUGGUGAGCUUGACCUUAGGGAAGGGAAUGAUGGCGAACGAACACUAAUGACUGUAUCCUCGGACAGCUCUGGACAGAGCAGGAUGAUCGAUGCAAGUUGCCUUCUCUCUCUCUCUCUACACAUAUAUAUCAUACUUUCAUAGUUUCCUCGUGCUUUGUAUUUAAAGAAGGGGACAAGAACAGAGUCACUGAAAUAAUUUUCCUCUUUACAGCUCUCAGGCAUUUGGGCUAAGCCGAGUAGUGAAAAUUUCGCUCAGUGUAUUGGAUCACAAGUCAACAAAAGUAAAGAAGAGGCUGAUUUUAGACUCACUAGCUCUCCAGGUCUGAUCAACUGUGCCUAAAGCAUGUAUCGUGUCCUUUUUCUUGCAGAAUUGGAUGCAAAGACAAAUGGUUUCCUUCUGAUAAACGCGAAUGGGGGCCUAAAUCAGAUGCGAUUUGGGGUUUGACCCCUGUACACAUCUCUACUUUGUUGAUUGAGAUGUCUCUUUACCAUUCCUGAUGAAUUAUCUUUUUAGAAUGCAGAUCUGUGACAUGGUUGCGGUUGCUAAAAUUAUGAAGGCAACGCUCGUUCUCCCCUCGCUUGACCAUACAUCCUUCUGGGCAGAUGAGAGGUCUCAUUCUUGAAAAUGCACCGUCAUUUGUGCCCAUAUGAGGUGUUUAAUUGGAAAAUUCAUUGAUCUCUGGUACUCUUGUAUUCAGUGGCUUCAAGGAUCUUUUCGAUUGGAAGCAUUUUAUUGAGACACUAAAGGACGAUAUUCACAUUGUGGAGUCAUUACCUGCUGCCGUUGAGGGAGUGGAACCUUUCAUGAAAACGCCGAUAUCUUGGUCCAAGGUUUGGCAUGUUUUGGAUGAUUAAAGGAACUCCUUCCUUCGUAUUGAAUAUGUUAUUUAAUUCUACCUUUUUUUCUUCUUCUUCUGAUUUCAGGCCAGUUACUAUAAAGCAGAUAUCCUCCCACUUUUGAAACAGCAAAAAGUUCUAUAUUUUACACACACAGAUUCUCGGCUUGCAAACAAUGGCCUUCCCAGUUCCAUUCAAAAGCUGAGGUGUCGAGUGAACUAUAGGGCGUUAAGAUAUUCUGCACCGAUUGAAGAACUCGGCGCCAUCUUAGUCUCAAGGAUGCGACAAGGCGGGCAGCCCUAUGUCGCACUCCAUUUAAGGCACACAUCUCUGCUCCUUGCGUUCUCUUUCAUUUUUCAGUGCUAUGUGCAAUUCUCAUCCUGUCACUUUGUUUCUAUCUGAUGACUGGUGCCAUUCAUUCAGAAAAUUAUCAUGCAGUUGUGUUGCACUUAGCUUCUAGAUCUUCUCUUUGAAUACUACUUAUGUUUUCCUCUAGGUUUGAUGAGACAUUAUGGACUUGGAUAUUGGUUGCUAGACUGCAUUCUUAUUCCUGUAGAAAGCCCAAAACCAGUUUAUUCACUACAUUCACACCCAUUCUCUCUCUCUCUCUCUCUCUCGCUCUCUCUCUGUCACUGCUAGACUGCAUUAAUCCAUUGUAAAAUAGCAUUUCUUGGUCGUCAUAAUGAUAAUAUCGUCAUUCAUGUUUGAAAUCUAUUUUAAUUGAGGUAUGUUUGAUCUGCAGACGUCUUCUAUUUUUGCUAACAUGCAUCUCCGCUCCCUCUCUCCCAGAUAUGAGAAGGACAUGCUUGCAUUCACUGGUUGCGAUCAUAGCUUGACUGCAGAGGAAGGUGAGGACCUUCGUAAGAUGCGCUACGAAGUCAGUCAUUGGAAAGAGAAGGAAAUCAACGGAACUGAACGGAGGACUCUUGGCGGAUGCCCUCUAACUCCUAGGGAAACUGCCCUUCUUCUGAGAGGAUUAGGUUUCCCCUCAACCACCAGAAUUUACCUGGUGGCUGGGGAAGCCUAUGGGAACGGCAGCAUGAAGCACCUUACAGAUGAGUUUCUGAACAUCUACUCCCAUUCAACCCUCGCCACAGAAGAUGAGAUUGGGCCUUUCAAGAUUCAUCAGAACAUGCUUGCCGGGCUGGACUAUGUGGUUGCCCUACAAAGUGAUGUUUUCAUUUAUACAUAUGAUGGAAAUAUGGCGAAGGCUGUGCAAGGUCACAGGCGCUUUGAAAACUUUAAGAAAACCAUCGUUCCGGAUAGGUAAAUACAUGCUAACUUUGCUUUCAUUAAUCAUUAUGAAUAAAUCGCCGUCGUGUGAUGCUCAUUUAUGCGCUGGUUUGCCCGAUCGAAUAUAUCGCAUUUUUGUAAGUAAUAUCUCCUAGUUCUCUUAUAUAUCACACAGACAUGCAACCGAGGACUAUCAGUUGAAAAAGCUUACCUACACAUGGCUUCAAAUAAUUUCCUUUUAAUACGUGUGCAAGCUUGGUGUUAAUAAGCACAUGCUCUAAAUAUUUUUACAUCUCUGAAAUCAGGAGGACAUCCUGAGUUAAGCACACCAAUGGAUAAGAGUAGGUGUGUAGUCAUCUAUCCGCCUUCUAUAGAAAAGACUAAAGUCUGUUGUUACCAUCAGGAAUAGGAUAUUUUCUUCAUCAAAUCUUAUUAGAUGCUUUUUAGAUGCUUAAUCCGUGGGAUAUUUUCAUCGAGGACUUUUGUGGUUUUGUGGUGACAUUUAACUUUUGUGUCAUUUAUAUCUGAAUCCGCAAAAUGAGAGAGUUCACACCCUGGAUUCCUCUGAAAGAAAUCACUGUCUCUGCAGGCUUAGUUUUGUCAAGCUCGUCGAUGACUUCGACGGAGGGAAAUUAUCGUGGAAGAAGUUUAGCUCGAAGGUGAAGAAGCUGCACAAAGAUCGAAUCGGAGCUCCAUAUCUCAGGGAGCCAGGGGAGUUCCCGAAGCUGGAGGAGAGCUUUUACGCGAACCCACUUCCCGGCUGUAUAUGUCAAACAGAGGCAGCUGAGGGCAGAUAG